GCCUCACUUCUUGAAAGUCGCGGCUCUGCUUUGCACUCUCCUCCUCCGCACUUUAGACGACCGGCUAGCCAUGGCUGACAACGAUGAGCAGCAGCCACCGCUGCACAUCCUCUUCUUCCCCUACCUGGACCCCGGCCACAUCAUUCCGAUGGCCGACAUGGCCGUGCUCUUCGCCUCGCGCGGCGUCAGGUGCACUAUCAUCACCACGCCCGUCAACGCCACCAGUAUCCGCUCGGCCGUCGAUAAUGCCAACGACGCAUUCCGCGGCACCGACUGCCCACCCAUUGUCAUCUCCGUCGUGCCUUUCCCCGACGUCGGGCUACCGGCCGGUGUCGAGAACGGCACGCACCUUACAGCCCGGGGCGACCGCCACAGGCUCUCUCAAGCGGUGACACAGCUCCGGGAGCCAUUCGACCAGUUCCUGUCUGACCACCACCCCGACGCGGUGGUGUCGGACAGCUUCUACUACUGGUCCGCGGACGCCGCCGCGGAGCACGGUGUACCGCGCGUGGGCUUCCUCGGCACCAGCCUGUUCGCCGGGGCCUGCACCGACAGCAUCCAGCGGUACAACCCGUUGGAGACUGCCCCCGACGACCCCGACGCCCUGGUUUCCCUGCCGGGGCUGCCGCACCAUGUCGAGAUGAGGCGGAGCCAAAUGAGCAGCCCCGGGACCGGGAGGCGUCCGCCGGAAAACUCGACAGUGUCCAAGCGCGUCAACGCUGCGGACGAGAAGAACUUCGGCGAGGUGUUCAAUAGCUUCCACAAGCUGGAGCCGGGCUACGCCGAGCACUACCGGACGACCCUCGGUUGCCGCGCGUGGCUCGUCGGCCCGGUCGCACUCGCCAACAAGGACAUGGCUGGAAGAGGGGCCAGCGUGCUCUCGCCGGACGCGGACAGCAGCCUGCAGUGGCUGGACACCAAGCAGCCUGGCUCCGUGGUGUACGUCUCCUUCGGCUCGAUGGUCAGUUUCUCACCGGCGGAGCUGCACGAGCUCGCUCGCGGCCUCGACCUCUCAGGCAAGAAUUUCAUGUGGGUGGUCGGCAGCGCAGGCCCAAGCUCUUCAGAGUGGAUGCCUCAAGGAUUCGCUGACCUGGUUGCGCCCGGUGGCCGCGGCUUCAUCAUCCGAGGCUGGGCGCCGCAGAUACUCAUCCUCAACCACCCGGCCCUCGGCGGGUUCGUCACGCACUGCGGUUGGAACUCCACCCUGGAGUCCGUGAGUGCGGGUGUUCCGAUGGUCACCUGGCCACGGUUCGCAGAUCAGUUCUACAACGAGAAGCUCGUGGUGGAGGUACUCAAGGUGGGUGUCAGCAUCGGUGCGAAGCACUUCAGAUCGGCGACCCACCAGGUGAUCAGCGGUGAGGUAAUCGCUGAAUCCAUCGAGAAAUUGAUGGAUAACAGCGAGAUACAGAAGAUGGCUAAAGAUCUUGGUGUCGAGGCAAGGAGGGCAGUAGAGAACGGCGGAUCUUCCUACAACGAUGUUGGAAGGCUGAUGGACGAGUUGAUGGCGCGACGGAGCGGUGUGAAGGUUGGAGAAGACAAGUAAUGGACUUUGAUCCAUGGCACGCUUAGUGCCAGCUCUGUAUUUUAUGUAUCUCUAAGGCUUUAAUAUAUAUAUGUACCUAUCUCUAGAUAUAUAGAGAUAUAUGAGUUUA